UCUUUCAACAGAAUACCAACAUAUCAUGUCAGUCACUUUAAAUUUCGCUUUCAUCACCGCAAAAUUAUUCAUAAUUUUCCUACGUGAGUUUGCUGUUGUGCGGUCAAUUAUCGUGGAACGGAAUUUACACGCUUACUAUAAGUUGCCGACAAAACCAGCACCACUUGCGAGUAUAUCAAAGGAAUACCACAUUCUGCAGUGCCCGUUUCAAAACAUCUCCGUUAUACCAACGCCAGAAAAGAUGGAAAUUUGUACAAUCGUUAACACUUACCGAGAAGAAAGGGAUAACGGAACGACAUCACGAACAAUUAAAAAUCCGUUGCAUACUAAAGUGAAAUACCAAAUGCCUAGAAGGCACAAAGAAAAACACAAAAAGCUCAGUAAAAGCCGUAAGACUCGUCCAUAUAUGAUAGUCUUAAAACCCAUAAGAAUGGGCACAGGAAGAAGUUGUGCUUAUACCAAAGCUUUAAGGCAACCGCAAUCUUCAUACCACACAGAACAUUUUGGAAUCGUAAAAAAAGAUAAUAGUCGCACAUUGCCGGUGCAUGACACAAUAUCACCGCUUGAGCACAAGGCAACAGACCAAAAAUUGCUUGAAACAAGCCAGACAAAUGUUUUAGCAAAACUAACGCCAAUUACGGAGAACUUUGAAGAAAAUACAAGAGACAAUGAUGAGGAAGCGAGCGAAGAACAAAAAGAUGAGCAGGAUGAUCUCAUCGUGUCAAACUCAAAUCAAACAUCUGAUGAGGACUAUUCUGGUCGUACUGGGGACGUCGAAAAUGAAGAAGAUAGAGAAGCUCCUAAAGACUCUGUCCUUAAAUACCUUGGUGCCAAAUCUGCUAUUGAAAAGCUCAGUAAACGCCUUUCAAAUAGUCGUUCUGUUGGGAGAAUGCUUCCAGGAGAGCAAGCAGAAAAGUUUUUUGCCGAACAUAACGAUUUUCAACGUGGUGAAAAAGUUAAGGGAUUUCAAAACUAUUAUCAUCGAGAUGAAAUUUUCAACGAUCAUAUAUUUUAUGACGACUUGCAACAGCAUGGCCAUUAUAAUGAUCGCGGCAGAUCGCUUUUAAAUUAUUAAGAUGUUCACUUUAGAGUAUUUUUCGUCAAAUUA